AUGGAUUCUUCUGGUCAAGCCAAAUGUUUGCUAUUUGAUAGCAAUGUUAUCUUUGUUGUCAAUUGUACUGCCGAUAGCCUUUUAGAAGGAGUGUACAACGAGCUUCCUCCGAUGUUGACUUUUAGUCAAAAACAAUCAGAGGACUUAUCUACAAACUUAGGUAUUCCUUUUUCCAAAUGUGACCAGAUUUUGCUUGUCGAGUCCGGAGCUGAAUCUUCUAGCACAAAGAAACAUUGUACUAGAAUUGAUAAUAUUGAUUCAUGCAAUGACAUCUCUAAAGUUGUUAUGGUUGCAUCCAAUGGGGGUUCUCCGAACAAGAACGAUUCGAGUGUGGAUUUAUCUAAACGGAUUGAUGGGGCUGAUGAUGGUGUCCAAGACUUUGAUUGUGUUAUCACUGGUGGGAAGUUUCCUUCGAAUGAUGCAAUCGGUGAAAAGGAACUGAAAUUGGCUGGAGGAUUGGUGGAAAUGAAGAUCGAGAAACCUUAA